CGAACAUGGCGGCACUGUAGUUUAACUCAUUGAAAGUUUGUAUCAUCGCAUCUCUGGUACUUGCGUUAGGAUGCAAAGAGCCACUCGUAUGAAACGCGAACUCGAUAUUUUGUCGAGAGAACCUCCUCCUGGAAUCUCAUGUUGGAUUGUUGAUGACCAAAUUGACAAGCUUCAAGCAGGUUUUUUUUAUUUCUUACACCUAAGGUUUCUGCUUCCCUCCAAACUGGGUGGUGCAACAUGUUUACCAAGUGAAUAGCAAGUUUCAAGUUACGUCACAAAGAACACAGCAAUAAUCCCUAUCCCUUAAGCUUCACAGAAUUGAACGACACAACAGUGCAUGUAGUGACUUGGUAUUUCGAGCAUCACCCCCCAGUACAGGGAAAGACGAAUUAAACCUCUGAAUAUUAUGCUUGUUUAACUACCCGCUACAUCCCCCUCGGGCAUACCCCGUAAAUAUUCUAUUUUUUUUUUCAUAACCUACCUAUUGGUCUAUUCCCCUAUGCUGGGGCGCAUAGAAAGGGACAAUUCCCAAUACCGGGAACUGUUUGCAGUUAUUCAUAGCAGUGUUCCUAUUUUGCUAAGAAAAAGCAAAAAUGAUGGAGCUACCGGUAUAUGAAGAAACAUGCUAUUUAUGGACCUAGUCUGAGAUUAGUUUCUGUUUUACAUGAGAACGGUACAGUCUCAGAUUGGUACGAAAGUAACUCAUGUCGGGUCAGUGACCAGGACGAAGUCAGACUGGUCUGAGUUCAUUUUUAGGCUUACCCCAUGUAAACGCAUGAAAAGAAAUGUAGAAAAUAAAUGGAGAUCAAUACGAACUCAUACCAGUCUGAGUUUGUCUUGGUCUCAUGUAAUUACCCCCUUAGUCCCUUGGUGUAUGUCUGGUUGCCGAGUGGGUGUAUUAGACUGUUUUUUUAGGGACUUUAUUCUCUUUCCAGAAAUUGUUGGUUCAGAUGGAACUCCUUAUGCUGGAGGUUCUUUCAGACUAGAAAUACAUCUCCCUGAGAGGUGAGUGUAAUACUAUAGUGUCAGCUUCUACUUCAAAAAUUGGGAAAAUCCUAAUCAGGCCUUUUUGCAAGUAUCAAUAAAAAGGUGCCAAGAAAUAAUAACAAAGGUGGGUGUGCAUGUAGUGCUAACUUAGAGAUGAAAACACAAGAGUGAGAGUAAAAUUGUUGCCCACUUAAAGUUCAGAGCAAACUUAAAACAACUCAGUGAGACUGAGUGUGAUGUAAUAAUAGGCCACUUGCACUAAGAGGUCACGUGACCAAUACAUGUACUUCCUUCAAACAAUGAGUUGGAAUCUUGCUGAUGCCAAAAAUUGACAGAGCACAUAAAAAUUAUCUUACACCCGCACAUUUAGGGGAUAUAUUUUGUGGCACUUUAAUUUUUCAACAANUAGUCCCUUGGUGUAUGUCUGGUUGCCGAGUGGGUGUAUUAGACUGUUUUUUUAGGGACUUUAUUCUCUUUCCAGAAAUUGUUGGUUCAGAUGGAACUCCUUAUGCUGGAGGUUCUUUCAGACUAGAAAUACAUCUCCCUGAGAGGUGAGUGUAAUACUAUAGUGUCAGCUUCUACUUCAAAAAUUGGGAAAAUCCUAAUCAGGCCUUUUUGCAAGUAUCAAUAAAAAGGUGCCAAGAAAUAAUAACAAAGGUGGGUGUGCAUGUAGUGCUAACUUAGAGAUGAAAACACAAGAGUGAGAGUAAAAUUGUUGCCCACUUAAAGUUCAGAGCAAACUUAAAACAACUCAGUGAGACUGAGUGUGAUGUAAUAAUAGGCCACUUGCACUAAGAGGUCACGUGACCAAUACAUGUACUUCCUUCAAACAAUGAGUUGGAAUCUUGCUGAUGCCAAAAAUUGACAGAGCACAUAAAAAUUAUCUUACACCCGCACAUUUAGGGGAUAUAUUUUGUGGCACUUUAAUUUUUCAACAAAGUAGUAUGUUUUGUACAGAAUUUCGCACAUUCUUGAAAAGUCCUUGAAUUUUAGGGGAAGUCCUUGAAAAGUCCUUGAAUUCCAUUUUUCCUUGAAAAGUCCUUAAAUUUAGCAUUGGUCUAGUAAUUUUACAGUGCUUUUGCUGAUGUCAAUCAUUUAUCCCAUGUUGCCUUUGUGCUACGUGCAGUAGCUUUUUAACUUAGCUGUUUUUGUGCCCAGCCCUCCCUUCCAUCUGGAUGUCCUUUGGUAAGUAUCUGUGAUACUCUCCACUGAGGUCAAACUCAGUGUGAAAGCGCCUGGCGGUUGCCACCUCAGGAUCAUCAUGGUUACCUUCCUGGAUCACUAAAUGUUUUGCAACUCACUCAAUUUGACUAGGCACCUUCCCCACGCCAAACUAUUGUGGAUGGGUUUAACAAAAGCUGCACUUUAUGCAUUGCAUGAUGUGGGUAGCAAGUGCAACAUUGUAAACCCUCAAUGGUAAUGGUAAAUGAAAGAUUGUUUGUAUCAUUCAUUCAUUCGUUCAAUCAGGCUGCCUCAGCUGAGCUUGUUGCCCGGCCACCCAGUCCACUCUAUACGCCACUUUCACAUUUCCCAUAAUGCACCUUACUUGCCCCCCGAAAUUUUGCAUAACCUUUGUUUUUCAUUUCUCCUGAGUAUUACAGCCAUCCCCAGAGAAAUUGAAAACAAUGCUCAUGUAAAAUUUUGAGGGCAAAUAAGGUGCAUGAUGGGAAAUGUGGAAGUGGCAUAUUGCCCAUGCAGGUUGAGAGUUGGCUAGUGGAUGCUGCCCCAGUGUCCCUUAUCAGAGUGUCUAUGAAUAAAAGACACUAGGCAACCGCGUCAACCAUGUCCGUGUGUAUCAUUCAUUGCUUUUUUAAAAUGAAUUCAUUAUCUGCAGGUAUCCAUUCUAUCCUCCAAAAGUGAAGUUUGUAACAAAAAUCUACCACCCCAAUAUUGAUGGCAAUGGGCGUAUUUGCCUUGACACCCUUCAAAUGCCUCCCAAGGUAAGUUACACAAAAAACUGUAAAAACAUGCUUAGUAAGGAACAUCAGUCUGAAAAGAUUUUAACUUGAUACAAAAAUGUAUCUUACUGUAGUAGUCAUCAUAGCUUUGAAACCUUUUUUGAGAAACUAUAUGUUUUAAGAAAAAAAAAACAAUCACUGGCUUUAAUAAGCUUCAACAAAGUAAACACAGACAUGAAGUAUUUCAAUGUUGCAAACUGGACAGUAAUUUUGGUAUUGAGUCAAAUCCGUAUCUUACUUGCAUGUACGUGUAAGCUGUGACUUUCUCUUUAAAGUACUUAUAAUAAGAUUUUUUUGUUGUUGUUAAUUCUUAAAUAUGUGUAGAUAUGUAUCCGACAUUUAAAUUUGUCAAAAAUCUUGCAAAAUUUAUUUUUUGUCUCCAAAACACUGCAGAUUUUCUCCAAAAUGUCUGCCCUACUGCAUUGCCAAAUUAGUUAGUAUGAUGUAUAAAGAUCUGCAAGAAUGUAGAAUGAUUUACAAAAUGGCGGCAAAUAGGAUUGUUAUUGUCUACAACUCCCCAAUCAUCUUCAGAAUCUGCAUUAACUUUGCUAUACUUUUGUUACAGUCAGGUUAUUCCUUAAUUCGACAAAACAAACAAAAAAUUACCAGAAUCAGAAGCAAAGGCUGAGCAAAUCAACAUGAUGUCAUCAGCCUUAUUCUUUGAUCCUUUACUCAUUCACAGUCUCUGUGACAUUUUGGAAGAAGAAAAAGCAGACAAAAUUACAGAAAAUUUUAGGAGACACAUUUUAAAGUUCAAAAUCGUUAAUUAAACUUAUCUAAGUAUCAAAGUCAGUUUGACAAAAAUUGGUGUCAUAUACACUUAAAAAUAAAGUGUACCAUUAAUGCAAGGUCAUAUUUUGUUUAUUUUUUCAUGGGAAAUUCUUUUAUUUUUCUUGUACAAAAUAUAAUACAUCAUUUAAGUUGUUUACUUAAUUUUGUUAGGGAGCGUGGAAGCCAGCUUUGAACAUAUCAACAGUGCUAACGUCAAUACAGCUUCUGAUGGCAGAACCAAAUCCUGAUGAUCCACUUGUGGCAGAAAUUGUAAUUAUAAUAUUGUUACUUUGUACAUCAGUGGCUUUCAUUUCUUGUGAUAUGACAUGCGUUAUUAGCGAUCACAUAAUAUUUAACUUAUCAACUGUAAUAUCAACACAUAAUACUAUUAUUUGCAAUCAGUAUACAUAGUGUAUCAUGUUUGUCACAUGACCCAAGACUCUCACAAGUCUGUAGCUCAGUGGUAGAGCAUUUGGGCUGAUAGUCAGAAGCUCAUAGGUUUGACUUCUGCUAGAAAAAUUCAAAUUUUUUCUGAGUCACCUGCAUCACUGACUGUAGUAACAUAAUUCUCAUAUUCUUGAGGCUCAAAUUCACCAUAAUUGUGGUUUUAAAAAAUACCACUGGAUAUGUGCUUGACUAGCAGUAUAGUCAUAAUGACUGUCUCCUGUUGUGCAGACAUUUUGCCUAGUAACCUGAAAGUCUUUGGUUUGACUUAUGUUGGGCGAACUUGGACUUCUUUUUUUUCUUGUUGCCUGAGUGUGUGACUGGAAAAAAAACAUCUUGGUCAGAACUUCUUUUUACAUAAUUUUUCCUAUUGCCCAAUUGAGCAGAACUUAUUUAAAGUCGCUAUAAACCCUGAAAACAAAGAAAUACAUCUGAUUAUAAGCCUCCAUUCAAAUACAUUCAUUAAUGGCAGUUUAAUGUCGCUUUCUCUGCAGUCUGAGGAAUUCAAAUUCAACAGACCUCAAUUUCUUCAAAAAGCAAAGGAGUGGACUCAAAAAUAUGCAACAGGCCAUAAGAUAUCUGCAGCUGCAUCAGUGAAGGUAGUAAAUACAGCUGUAGUUCAGCAACUUGUGUUAUUAACAGAAUUUGUUUACAUUUGAUUUUGCUAUCAAACAUUGCCCUCACCUCUUAAAUGAAAUGAGUAAAGUAACUAUGUUACAUACAGAAACUCUUUGCUUAAAUAACAGUUAUGGAACAGACUAUGUUUAUUCAAAAUGGGGUAUCUAUUAGAUCAUUAUUUACAGUUAGUUGCCUGAAUGCUGAAGGGAUGCCUCUCUCCAGACUAAGCCCAGACUAAUGUCUUUCUAUACUGUGAUCAGGUUACAGGAUUCAAAAAAUAUAUAUAUAUAUUCCAGCUUGUCCUCUGGGCAAGCCGUUCUCCAUUUUGCUUUCCCAGGGCCACUUCCUGCUCAUCUUAGUUAAAGAUUUUGUUUGAGGAUAAAUUAAUUACCUGGACUCUUGCCCUUUGGUCAAGUAAGCUAUAAAACUUAGUUACCUAGCAAGAAAACCUGCUUGUCCCGGACUACCAGAUGGGACUUUUUUCGAGUCCUGAGGCUAUAGAGGAUCUCUUAGAGACAGCAAGACAAUGCCCAUAUUAUAAUUGUCAGAAACUGAAAGCAACAAGUUCUCUUUGAAUAAGCAGAUAAUCAGAUUUUUUCCUGGCAGAGACCCCUGUGGUUCGACGUUUCAGUCUCAUAAGCAACUUCCUUCCCAAGGAGAUCAGUAUUGGCUUUUGGUUGGUGGCUUAUGCAAAGUUAAACUGUAUUCAGUAAGUUGUUUUUUUUUUCUCUAUGUAGGGCUCUUUAGUUGGCCAAAGAGGUAAUGAAGAGAGCAGCAGUGAUUCAGAGGAGGCCAGUAGUGACGAAGAAAAUGCUGAAAAUAAUCCCCGUGUUUGCCGCACCCAGGGUACCAAGAGAGGCUCUUCUGCACGCCUCCCUAGUGAAUGCAAAAUUCUGAAACAAGCUAAUGCAUAAUUCAUGAUUAAUUAAGAAAUGAUAGUGAUAUUGUAAAUAAUUAUUGUAGAUUAUGAUCAAAAUGAAAAGAAAGAACCUCUUUGAUUUGAUCCCAAUAAUUAUAUAACCAAGGAUAAGAUUAGUGCGGUUCUUCUUAGGAUUUUGAAAAGACGUGGCUUACAACGGAAGGAUAGAGGUAAAAACUUAAAACUAUUUUGUCAAAACGAGUGGCAGUUGGAGAAAGCCAAACGAAAUUGAUACAAGUCCGCAGCUUAAAGAUCUGGGUUCUUUCUUCAAAGAAGCUGAGUAUG